AUGGUUUCUUUUGAGAACAUUAUCACUCAAAGUAUGCUCGCUGGCGCUGUGAUGACUGGACCGGCUGUGCUUGACGACAAGUCUGGAACCAUAAAAGUGCCAGGCCAAGCAAUAGCCACCGUCACGAGUCUGAUCUGUCGUAUGCCUGGUAGCCGGGAAGAAGAUUCGGAGGAUGAUGCACACGUACAACCGCAUAUAAAGGUUGAGCCGUUCCAUCAAUCUGACUUACUUAACUUCUCCAAGAGUGCGCUCUUGACUUCGCCGCUUCCAAUGUUCAUUCCCUUGCUUACAGGUCUUUCUCUAGCAUCACUUGGCGUAUGCACCAGCUUAGUGACUGCUCCUGACUGGUACGUGGAUGGCUGGACGACAUAUCCUGUCGUUCUCCUGGCUGCGCCGUUGACCACGGGAAGCGGUGUGCUGUCGGGCUUGAACCAUUCGUGUGUCGAGACGAAAGAUAAUACCCGCGUUGUGGAAGGAUCAAACUGCAUGUCUGAUGCGAUAUAUACACUUCUGUAUAUCGCAGCAUCCGAGAAUGGCCCAACAAGCAAUGCCACUGAUAUCAAGAACGGAACUUUGGCCAUGGAACGAAGUCCUAGUGCCGCAAAGUAUCCGGAUUUGACGCUGAGGAGUGUUUUGAAAGGACCUGAUACAAUGCCGAGCUCGACUACUUCAAUCUACAAAUCGAGGUCAGCAUUGUUUCAACACACCUCAAAUGGUACUCACGGGACUGUACGAUCGAUAGCGUACCCCGAUGGCGGUGAACCUGAAUCUCAAGCGAAUCAUCGAUACCCGAGGAAUAUCUUCUCGUUUGGACAAGGUUCAAAGGGAUUGAAGCUAUCGUAUAGGACGAGUUGCGGAUUUUCUCGAUUCACGGACAAUUCUUUGACCUCGUUGCGCGAUCUUGCCUACAAAUUCGCGCAGACCUCAUUGACAACUAUGCAAUCGGACAAGUAUGCUCUGGAGAUAUUUGACCUGCACAGUCGUGUCAUUGAUCACAUGUUAGUGACGGUGAUCGCCGAGGCAGACGGCUACGGGAAGGAUUAUGAAGAGUUUCCUUUCGCGCCGUUGCUCCCACUAGCGACUGAGUGCUAG